AUGGUGGCUUUAAUCGCGGAGGGACGCGACCAGCUGGAAGGCGACCGGCUCGUAGAGGCCGUCGCCACAUACAACGAGGCGGAGCGGCUGUUGCGGCGGCUGUACGAGCGACUGCUGCACGGGCGUGGCGUGGCCAAGUCGCUGCUACACAUGCACGAGCCGGCUGUAGCGGACUUCGAGCAGUGCAGAGCUGUGGAAGGAGGUGAUUGUCCAGGCAACCCACAUCUCAUCACAAAACGUGCUUCUCUGGCCUCCCCUCCCAUACAGGUGGUGACCGCCAAUCCCGACAGUGCAGAGCUGAGGACGGAGGUGGGUGCUUUUCGAGUCGGCCGAUUGAAGAAUCUCAUCACGUGGCUCUCUGGCCUCUCCUCUCCUUCCCUGCAGGCAGCGAGCGCCAAUCCCGACAGUGCGGAGCUGUGGAUGGAGGUGGGGGUGGAGCGCGAGGCGCUGGGGCAGCACGAGAGGGCGCACGAGGCGUUCAGCUGCGCCCUGCUGCUGCAACCACGGAAUGCAGAGGCGCUCAAACGGCGAGGGCUGAGCGCGUUCAACUUGUAUCGCUUCAAGGAAUCUCUCAAAGACCUGCUGCCCGCGCUGCACAUGCUGCCGAACGACGCCGACCUCAACCAAGCCGUGCACUGCUUCUCCCAGCCGCCCUCCCUACUGCCUCCCCGCUACAGCCAUGCCCCUUUCCCCCCCUCCCCUCCUCCCAUACCCCACUUCUUCCUCCUCCCCACUCCUCCACUCUUCCCCCUCUUUCCCCGCUUUUCCCCGUUCCCUCCCCAGGGAAUUGCAUUGGUGCGGUCGAACCAGUUCCGGGCGGCACAGCCGUACCUGGCUCGGGCGGUGGAGCUGCUGCCAGGGGAUGCGGACCUGCGCAAGGAGAAGGGGCGCCUGCACCGCCUGCUGGGGGAGACCCACCAGGCUGAGAGGGACCUCCUGCUCUCGCUCCAGCUCGGGCAAGACGCAUCACAACCUGGUGCUGCAGAGGCGACUGCUGGGAGACCACUGGUGAGCAUCCACCACCCACCACCCACCACCCACCACCCACCACCCACCACCCACCACCCCACCACCCCACCACCCCUCCACCUCUCCACCCCUUCACCCCUCCACCCCUCCGCCCCUCCACCCCUCCACCUCUCCACCCCUUCACCCCUCCACCCCUCCGCCCCUCCACCCCUCCACCUCUCCACCCCUUCACCCCUCCACCCCUCCGCCCCUCCACCCCUCCGCCUCUACACCUUGCCACCUCUCCGCCCCUCCACCCCUCCGUCCCGUGUGUCGGAUAGCAUCCCUCCGCCGACUCCUAGCGUGGCCCCGGUCACGGGGUCAUGA